AUGUCGGUAAUUCCUCCAAGAUUUUUCAAGAUUGCAAACAUAUCAAUUGGUUGCUUAGACAUCAUUGCUGCCCUUUCGCAAUUGACGUACCUUUUCACCAAUUUAAGCAUCUUUCUCCUAGCCGUUUAUGGACUAGUGCUCUCCCUACCUAUCGUUUAUCUGGAGUUUAAAGUGCCAUCCAACCUCUACAGGUAUGCCUCUUUUUAUUUUAGUUUCCUUGGAAGAGGACUAUCUUAUAUUCUAUUGGGUCUAAUAGUUAGCUUCGGCGGUAUCUAUAACAAGUUGGCAGGCAUACUGACCUUUAUUUUGGGGGUAGCCUUCAUUGUCUUCCAUUUUUCACAAUUUGUGGAAGAGCCUGCUAAUUUCAGAGCGCCGGGCUCGUCUUUGUCAAUUGGUGAUGAUGACAUCGAUGAUGACGAUGACAUGAUUUAA